AUGUCGUUCUCAUCUAAGGGGGAUCGCCCCUCCGACACCCCGACCAGCUCCUCCAGGUCCGGAUCUCACACGCCCCAAAAUCCAGCCAACUCCAAUUCCUACCAAUCUGCCGCCUCCUACUUCUCUUACCCAGUCAGCCACGUCGUUACAGGUCUCUACCGACGCUUGACCGACCCCAGCAUCGCUGCCCCCGCCAUGCCAUCCACAUCCCCAUGGUCGUCCCCCCGACGUUUUCACCCCCCGCCGAACCGCCUCACCCUUCCAACCACCACCUCUGACCCCUCUCACCCUCACAAUUCCCAAAAGCGCCGACCUCCUCCAGCAGCAACUUCUCACCCGCGUACUGGCCGAGGAGAUCCGCCUCCUCGUUCCACCGCGCCUCCAACUCGUCGAGAACUGGCUCUCGAUCGCGAUGGUGCCUCCUUGGCCACCCUCUACGACAACUGUGAAGAAUUCUCCCACCGUAGCCCGCGGGCGGGCUACAUCCUCGUCAUUCGCGACUCUUCCCCGACAAGCGCUGUAUUCGGCGCCUACAUGACCGACGCGCCGCACCCUAACUCCCAGUUCUUCGGCACUGGCGAGUGCUUCCUCUGGCGCGCCAGUGUACUGCCUCCGCCAUCGAGCUUGGGUCUUACGUUUCCCAGUGAAGGUCCCCAGUCUGAGGAAGCACUCGAACGCGCUGGUCUGCCACCUCCCCCCUCUGCUGACACCACUCACGCCGGUCGAUGGAGCACGCUGCGCAACGAACCGAAAUCGAGAUCGGAGUCUCCUGCGCAUAAUCUAAACCUUAGUCUCAAGACUAGCAUUGCUGCUGCGAGUGGAGGAGCUCUUGCGCCCCCGUCGCCAUCGUCGAUUAAUACGACUCGGAGUGGGGCAAGUACCCCCGAGCGCAUUCGGUUCAAGGCAUUCCCGUACAGCGGUGUGAAUGACUAUAUGAUGUUCUGCGAGACUGGAUUUUUGAGUCUCGGUGGCGGUGACGGACACUAUGGCCUCUGGGUUGACUCUGGUCUGGAAAAGGGCGUCAGCGCGCCUAGCCAGACAUUCGGGAACGAGCCAUUGUCUGAUGAGGGCAUUAAGUUCGACAUUCUAGGGGUUGAGGUGUGGUAUGUCGGUUCCUGA